AUAAUAUUGUUAGAAAAUUAUUGACAUCUCAAAUAAGGGGAGAAGAGGAUAUCACAAAAUAAGGCAAUUUAGCUAAUUAAGAAUAUAACAAUUAGAUAGAAAUAAUUAGCAGGAUGCAGUCCUAAUAUUAAAGCAGAUAGCACUAGCAUAGCAAUUAAUUUUAGCAGCAGUUUUAUAGAUAUUCUCCUUCUCAUUAAAGGAAUUCAGUGAGUCAUUUAUAGGGAUUAUCACGCUCGAGAAAUGAAUCAUUAGUAAUGAUGCCAAACAAUUAAAGAAAUAUGUCAAUAGCAAAUUACACUAUAAAUAAUAUGAUGUCGCCCAAUUUUGGAGAUGAAAAUAGAUUAUUUGCUUUCUAUAGUCCUUCAAAUAGAGAUCUGAUGUCUCCUUAGGGAUUAAAUAAUUAGUCAAAUUCAUAAAUUUUUCAUUACAUGGGUUAAUCUGUAAACAACCGCAAUAAUAACAGUCAAAAUAUAAUGUAGCAAUAUGCUUAGUAAUAUGAAGAUUAAUAGUAGUAGAAUUAAGUUAUCAAUAGCAUGAGAAAUUAAAUAAAUAAUCCGCUUUAAAACUAAGAAAAUCCGGUUAAUCCUAUUAAAAAAUCUACUGUUUCAGAUAAAAAGCUUCAACAAAUUGAGUAGCGACUGAAACUAUAUUCAUCAAUCGUGAUGCAACAAACAUUUUUCAAUCAUUUAUCACUGCAAAUAUUUUUUAUAUUAAUGCUGAUUUUAAUUCUUUACUCCAUGCAGUAUAUAUUUGUUUUAGUGUUUCUGUGGAUAGUCGAUAUUAUUAGCUUUGCUUUUAGUUUCAAACGAAGUAAAAUUGAAUAAGAAGUUGAUGAAAACAAAUAAGAAGAACAUAGUAACAUUUGGAGAAUUGUAGAAACUACUUUUUCAAUCUUAUUUAAAAUUUGCCUUUAUAUUUAUUUAGAAGUCAACCAGUAUAAAUUUUAUUAUGUGCCAUGUACACUUUUGAUUUAUGUUCUCAUUAGAUUUUUCUUCGUGAUUUCAAAAAAGCUAGCUGAAAAUGGCCCUAUUUCUGCGCUUAUUAAUGAAUGUUUUACUUGGGGAUUUAAAAUAUUCUUUGUUGGAUAAAUUUUCUUGAUUUCAGUUAAAAUGAACAAUAAAAUAGAUUGGUCUUGGUAAGAUGUCUUUUGGCCAUAUUGGGUCUUUUUUUACAUUAUGAUUGGAACUAACAGUGUUUUUGUCAUACUCUUAUUGAGCAAAAUACUCUUAAAAUGUCUUGGGCAGCCAGUUUAAUCGUUUGAAAUUAAGGGUUUGUUUUGGUUUUUCUUACUUUCAAAUGGACUGUGCGUAAAUUCUACUUUAUUUGUGAGAGGUGCAGUCAAUCGAUUAGAUCAUUAAAGCAAUGAUGAUGCUUAGUUAUCAUUUAAAUACAGUCUAGUUUUUACUACCUUUUUCAUAAUUUAUACGUUAUUCUUCUGGAAAGGCAUAUGGAUUUUUAUGUUCCAUUUUUCUCAAGAAAGAGAAGAUACAGAAGGAGAUGAAAACUCUCAAAAAAAUACAUCAAGAAUUGGUAAAAACAAAAAGAAGAAAAAUAAAAACAAAGGAAAUGAAUCAAACUAGCAGCAAUAAUAACAACAAGAUUAAGAUGGAUAAAAAAGCAAUAAUUAAAAUAAGCGAGAAAAUGAAGGUGAAGAUGAUGAAGAAGAUGAAGAGGAGGGAGACGAAGAAGAGGAAGACGAUGAUGAUGAAGAAAACAGAUAAAGAAACCCAAAUGAUAUUUAUGCUGAGGAUGAGGAUUAUCCUGCAGAAUAACAAUACCCUGAGAGUUAAUCAGGUAGAUAAAACUAAGGAAGAAGCAGAAAUAAUCAAGCAAACAUUUCCUAAUAGAAUAAUAAUUAGCCAGGAUAGAAUAAUUAAAAUGGACUUCCAGCAGAUUAAGCUCAAAAACCUAAACCAAAGAAAAAAAUAUUUAAAAAAGUAAACUUGAACAAUAAAAAUAGUCAAAAAAAAGGAUUCCCUCUAUUUUUGGAGAAACUUUCAUCUACAUAUUUCACUGCAUUAACUAAUAAUGUAAUGAAAUCGAAGAGAGAAAAAGAUUAAUAAAAGAAAGAGCUGCCAUCAACAUAAAAUAAAUUGACCAGAGCUAACACUUAACUAGAUAAACUCGAUAAAAGAAGCACAAGCUAGAUUGAUAUGGAUAAAUCUAAGGACUGUAAAGAAGAAGUUAAUAAAUCUGAUUUAUAGGUUAAUAAAAAGAAAAAGAAAGGCAAAGCAAAUUUAUAAAACAAGAUAGAUUCUCCUAAAGGGUUAAGUGAUAGCAUGGGACCAGUGGAUAUUUCAUUUAAUGAAAAUGGUAAAACUAAUGCUGCUUAGUUUUAAAAAUCUCAAAACCCUCUUUAAAAUUUGGCAUAUGAAACAUAAUUAAAAUUCAGCCAGUUAAUAAGCAGUCCAAAGGGAUAAGAACUUAAGAAAAAAGAAUUUGAAAAAAAGAUGUAGCAGCAAUCAAAUAAAGAAUUAGCUAAAUUAAAUGUUAAACCUAAAGAAAUGGUAAAAAAAUAGAAAAGCGAUAGCAGUCAAAUUAGUUAAAAAAGUUAUAAAGAAAAUGGAGAUGAAAGCAAUGCAAAUUGCGUUAUUUGUUUUGAAAACGAGCCAGAUACAGUCUAUCUUCCAUGUGGUCAUGGCGGUAUUUGCUAUGAAUGUGGAAUGGAUGUUAUGAAAAAAACUGGAGAAUGCUACCUUUGUAGACAUGAAAUUAAAUAAGUGGUAUAGAUAGAUUUUAAGAGUACAGAUGCUCAGAAAAAAAUUAUUGCCAUAACAGCAGCUUUAGAGGAAAAAGUAGAUAUUGAUGCAGAUAAAUCUAUUAUUAAUGCUAGCUAAAUAAAUGGCUAGAAUUCAGAUAUAACUGAUAGGUCUGUUACUAUGACUUAAAAUUAAAUUGAAAAUAACGUUAGCUAAGUUAAUAUCUCUCAGUAAAAUCCAAGAUAAGUUUAGCAAAUAAACUAACAAUAAUAAACAUAAAAUAAUCAACAAUCACUGUAAAAUAAUCUUAAUUAAUAAUAAAUUUAGUAAGUGCAGUCUUUGUAGUCCUAAUAGAUUUAAUAAUAACAAGAGCCUUAAAUUAGAAAUAACCAAGGAAUUGCCUUUUUUGAUUAUUAAUAACAAUAACUUCCUUUAUAAUCGCCCCACUUUAAUCUAGCUUUGUAAUCACCUAAUUUUAAUAAUAUUUAAUAGUUACCUGAGUAAAUUUAAGAAUAAAUAAAUAACAACAAUAAUAAUAAUAUUGAAAAUAUAAAUGAUGCACAUAGUGAAAUCAACGAUUAAAAUAAUUAAUAGCAUUAACAAGUAUCAUAAAUUGCAUUAGUUAAUAAUUUAUAUGUCUCUAAUAUUUCCAUGCUCCAAAGAAACAAUUCUCUUAAUUCCAAUUCAUUUGAUUUUGUUAUUAUGAGAAGGUAAAAAAGUAAUAAUAAUAGCAACAAUAAUAAUAAAGAAUAGAAUUAUGAAGAUAAUUAAGAAAAUAACUAAAAUUUAGAGGAAUCAAUAAAUAACAAUCUAUAGCAAGGCACUAAUUUGAGAGGAACUAAUAAUAAUUUUUUGAUCAAUUUCAGUUAAGACUUAGAUAAAUCUAAUGAAGAAGAUUCAUGAGCUUAAAUUUUAAAUAAAACAUAACUGUGUAAUGAAAUAAAUUAAAAUUAUUUUUUAAUAUAAUUAAAAGCCUAAUAAAAUAUAUAAUUAAGAAUAUCUUAAUUAUAAUUCUAUUUAUUUGUUUUAUAUUAUCAAUUAAAAGCAAGCUUAUUUCUUAUAAUGUUUGCAAGUAUAUUAUCAUCUUUGACUACAAAAUUCUAAUUUACCAAUACUAAAUAUUUACAAAAACUAAUUAAUUGAUGGCUAUUUAUUUGUAUUUAUUUAAAAAAUUGUAUUAUGUACCAGAAUAUUUUGAUUAAAUUAACUAACA